AUAUUCGUAACAAGUACCAGUGUCUGAUCCUUGAGGCCUGAUCAGCCUAAUGCGUGUUGUUAGGGUUCCGAAAAUACCAUUUCGACUUUAAACUCUUGGAUCCGAUCGUGUUUUCGUUUGCUUUUAGAAGAUUAAUCGAUGCUUCGUUUCGCAGCUUUCUUAUCUAGGGCUCGUUCUUGUCAUGAGUUUACGAUGAACUUGGCCGUGCGUGAUUUUUGUGCUGCUAUUAUGAUGAGAAGUGCUCCAUCGUCAAGGCGGCUAACUAUCGCGUUAAUUGCGGCGAUAUUUGCGGUUGGAUUACUGACGACGAUUACAUAUCAUAAUACAGGUCUGCGCCUUGGUCAUGGUUCCGUGGAGGAGAGUCGAGUCGCUUCCGAGGGAAGUACCGCCGCUACGAUCUCUAUUCCGCAUCGUAAACUCCUCCGUCGCGCAACUGAUGAUCAAGAAGAACAAGAAGUGAAGCCAAGCCGUAUAUGGGGAGAUAGAAAAUGUUCAACUUCCGACAUAGUAAUUAACCAGGGCCCCACAUCACCCCUUCCAAGCGGCAUACCCACGUACACGGUGGAGAUCAUGAACGUGUGCGUCACCGGCUGCGACAUCUCCGGCAUCCACCUCAGCUGCGGCUGGUUCAGCUCCGCCCGCCUCAUCAACCCUCGCGUCUUCAAGCGCCUCCGUUACAACGACUGUCUUGUCAACGCCGGCAGGCCUCUCGUCAGCGGCCGCACCGUGUCGUUCCAAUACGCCAACACCUUCCGUUACCCGCUCUCUGUCUCCUCCGUUAUCUGCUGAUGGUAAUACCGAUAUAGUACUCCAAUUAAGCGUAAAGCCUUAAAGUAGGACUUAUUACUAAUGGGACAUGCUUUGGACACAUAUAUCCGGAAACAAAUAUGUCCGCGACUUACUAUACAAAAUGAGUGUGCAUUUCACUGAAGUCAUGUGAAAUCCACGUGCAUCGAACUAGUUCGGAUACCCGUAGCACUGUUCCUUACUAAUACAACUUCCAACGUAUUUUUUGUUGGUCUUGCUUACAGCUGCAUGUUGAUGCUGAUGGGAAACCUCUACACUAAAAAUGAACAAAUUAGGAAACAUGAGAUAGAUUCUUGUUUCUGUAUUUGUAUAUCGAUAUAAAUGGAGGAGAGAGAAAGUACAAUAGUAGGCUAGUAGCCAUGGCCAUGUGGCCAAUGGACCGUGCAUGUGGGUGCAGGGUUUAUCAUCUGAGUGGCUGAAUGAGAUGGAGUAAUCACUUUCUCAUCAUCUUAAAAUUUGUUGGGCUUGUGUAUAUAGAAGACUAAUGGAACGAUUCUAUUUCUGGUUACUGAUGUGGGGUUGAACCUGUGCAAUUGGAACCUUUUGUUUGUAUAGUUCUUUUUUCUGUGAUGAUGUGACGAUGACUUGGAAAGAAAUGAUUCUGCGAUUAUAUGCAUGGUAAGGAAUGAAAUUGGAACCUUUUU